AUGUUCCCCACUCUCCCAUCCCUCUCCGGUCUACUAUGGAAAAUCCCAUGGCGCCUCUCCGCACCACGCAAAGCACGCCAACGUUUCCGGCUCAAACAGGUCGACAGUGUCAUCUCCGCACUUCAAGCCAGUGGCGUACAGACCAAAUCUCUCGACCGAGCGCUGGAGCUACCGAAAGAACACGAGAUGCCGGCAAAGGACAAGUAUACUGUCUUUUCUGCCAAGUCGAGGGGGUACAGAAAAGGGAUUCACAAAGUUCCCAAAUGGACUCGGAUAACACAACGUGUUAACCCGCGCGGGUUCUAG